AUGAGGAUAAACAAGAACCAAGUCUUCCGUAAAGAUGUCUCGCGCCCGUCUACCAGUCUCUACGACCGCGUUACCUGGACACUGCCAUCUGGGCAUGCGGAUAAACCUGGCAUCUCAGGGAUGCUCUUUACCUAUGCUGAUGAUCAUUGUGAGGGGUUGGGCGAAGUCCGGCCUGAUGGGCUCCAAGAGCCUAUCAUGACGGCUGAGCGGGACACGAUUUGGCUCGGUUUCAGGCACGACGACGUCUGGAUUGAGGAUGCUUGCCCUUAUGCGGCCGAGAUGGAAUUUGAGCCUUCAGACAUGGAAGGCUGA